AUGUCUACUCAGUCGCAGGUUCUCUCGAUUUCUGACUUAUCGAUCAAAUGCUGUCAGUUGACACGUCCCAGUUUGGACAAAGGCAAUGCAGAAUGCAGAAGAAGUCUCAACUUGCCGGCCCACCGAAAGUUUAACUUUGCCGAGCUCUAUUCGAUUAAUAUGUGCAUUGAGGAGUGCAACUACAUAAGCUCCGGCUAUAUCGAAAUCGAUCCACCCUAUCGCCUGGACUUGGCCAACAUCCGCAUCAAUCUGAAGACCAUUGCCCCGCAGCCGCAGUUGGAAUCGAUUCCAUUCCUGGUGGAUGCAUAUAACAAGUGCGAGAAUUUCCGAUCGAUGCACGGAGGACGUUUCACUCUCCACCUGCCGGAUAUUGAGUUCAUCGAGGAGCCCUGCAACCCUUUCGCCUUGCAGCUCACCAUAUGCAUCCGGAUCCAUGCCAUGCAGAAGUGCCCAAGCCAAUUCUACGUGGACAGCGAAGAGUGUCGAUUGGCCAGGGAAUAUUUCACUCAAUGCGUUGGCGAUAUCGAAGCGAAUCUCGCUUAG